AUGCAAGUGACUAACGCGACGUGCAGAUUUGUCGAGUUCGAGACGGCUGCCGACCUCCGCACAGCUGUUGAGAAACUGAACGAGCGCGACUUCAAAGGUGUUCGCGUCACUUGCACUGCCAACACUCAGGCUGACAUUCCCCGUGGAGACCGCGGGCGAUCCAUGUCACCUCGUCGCGGGCCGGGCCGCAUGAAUGACUACGAUCGCCGGGGUCCGCCUCGCGCAUACAGUCCCCACCGCAACGGUGACUACAGGCCUGAUUACCGCGACCGGUCCCCUGUUCCUCGGCGCGAUUACUACGAGGACCGUGCCAGGCCCUACCGCUCCCCUCCCCGCCGUGGACCCCCAAUGGAUGACUACCCGCCGGCGCGCCGCUACGAUGACCCCUAUCGUGGACCGCCCCGGGACUACCCUCCUCCUGACCCGUACAUGAAUGGCGGCGGACGGCCCUAUGAUCGUCCUCCUCCUCCUCGGGACUUUGCUCCGCGGGACCCCUAUGUCCGGGAGCCCUACCCUCGGGAGUAUGAUCGGCGUUAUUAGGCGACGCCGUCACACCAACUUCCAUGGACCCUACAUCACCUCGCGAUAGGUCUAAACAGCUCGAUGUAGGUUCUUCCCAGCAUGGAUAUAGGUCCCCUGAACCCUCAAUAUAGCCCACCUCGGGAUAAGCCCAAGGCGCCUUUGAAGAAGCCUGUGUCGCCUGUCUCGUCUCGACAUAGCCCUCGACGCAGUCCUCGGUCAUCUGGAUCUGAAUCUUUGACAAUCAGAUCUGAGUUUCCAAAAGUCGGAACUCCUCCCGGUGAUAUCUCUCCUUGAAGUCUUGUUGAGCAAUUGUAUGGAGCAUGUUGUUUUGGUCAGUGGUGUGCAGCCCUUUCGGCAGCAGUCAUGAUUGGAUUGGAUGGUUUUGGCUUGGGCCAGAGACGGCACAAUUGGGCGAGUUUCGGCUCAGAAGCUCUGUUGUUAUUCGGAAGGCGUUGCACGGUUGAGCUCUGGAUCAGUUUGUUAUUGUGGGAGUCUUUCUCUUGGUCGGUCUUUGAAAAGUAUUAUCGGCGAUGGCAUCUCUCGUGGUCACACACUGUUUGUGUUACCCUCGACUUUCCUCGGCCUGGAUCGGGACCGGCUGGACGACGGUGGAGUUAUCGGAAACGCAACGCGGCAACGUGUGGUAAUGAUAGUUUUGAUGGGAUUCGUCCUGGUCAUUCAUGUACGCUUAGGCGAUGGGUUUCGGUAGUUUUCAAUUGAUUUUGUAGUUUUCACUUUUGCGCUGUGAUAUUCGUGACAUUAGUGAUCGUCAGUGAUUCGAUAUCCU